GCGCCGAGUCGGCGCGCUGACGUGCGACGUUCCAGGUACUUUCCCCACGGCCCGCCGGGCUAGGCGUGGGGGCGGGGCGGGGCGCAGAGCGCGCAUGCGCCGCAGGCCAGCGCGCUCCCCGGAUCGUGCGGGGCCUGAGCCUCUCCGCCGGCGCAGGCUCGGCUCGCGCCAGCUGGCUUCCGUCGCCAUGCCCACCACCAUCGAGCGGGAGUUCGAGGAGUUGGACGCUCAGUGUCGCUGGCAGCCGCUGUACUUGGAAAUUCGAAAUGAGUCCCAUGACUAUCCUCAUAGAGUGGCCAAGUUUCCAGAAAACAGAAAUCGAAACAGAUACAGAGAUGUAAGCCCAUAUGAUCACAGUCGUGUUAAACUGCAAAAUACGGAAAAUGAUUAUAUUAAUGCCAGCUUAGUUGACAUAGAAGUGGCACAAAGGAGUUACGUCUUAACACAGGGUCCACUUCCUAAUACAUGCUGCCACUUCUGGCUCAUGGUUUGGCAGCAAAAGACCAAAGCAGUUGUCAUGCUAAACCGCAUUGUGGAGAAAGAAUCGGUUAAAUGUGCACAGUACUGGCCAACAGAUGACCGAGAGAUGCUGUUUAAAGAAACAGGAUUCAGUGUGAAGCUGUUGUCAGAAGAUGUGAAGUCAUAUUACACAGUACAUCUACUACAAUUAGAAAAUAUCAAUAGUGGUGAAACCAGAACAAUAUCUCACUUUCAUUAUACUACCUGGCCAGAUUUCGGAGUCCCCGAAUCACCAGCUUCAUUUCUCAAUUUCUUGUUUAAAGUGAGAGAAUCUGGCUCGUUGAACCCUGACCAUGGGCCUGCAGUGAUCCACUGUAGUGCAGGCAUUGGGCGCUCUGGCACCUUCUCUCUGGUAGAUACCUGUCUUGUUCUGGUGGAAAAAGGAGAAGAUAUUAACAUUAAGCAGGUGUUAUUGAGUAUGAGAAAAUAUCGAAUGGGACUUAUACAGACCCCAGAUCAACUUAGAUUCUCCUAUAUGGCUAUAAUAGAAGGAGCAAAGUAUAUAAAGGGAGAUUCUAAUAUACAGAAACGGUGGAAAGAACUAUCUAAGGAAGAUUUAUCUCCUGCUUUUGAUCAUUUACCAAACAAAAUAAUGACUGAAAAAUACAAUGGAAACAGAAUAGGUCUAGAAGAAGAAAAACUAACAGGUGACCGAUGCACAGGACUUUCCUCUAAAAUGCAAGAUACUAUGGAAGAGAACAGUGAGAGUGUUCUACGGAAACGUAUUCGAGAGGACAGAAAAGCUACCACAGCUCAGAAGGUGCAGCAGAUGAAACAGAGGCUAAAUGAGACUGAACGAAAAAGAAAAAGCAUCAAUUCAAAGUGAUGAUGGCUACCAAUUAUUGAUCGUUUAAUAUAUGCCAGGCACUGUGCCAAGCACGUUUUACAUACUAUCUAUUUAAUCCUCACCACAAGCGUAUGAGGUAGGUGGUGUUACUAUUCAGCCAUAAUCAGCCUGAGACAUGGCAUUUCUACAUCCUUUUAUGGUGCUAUCAUUGAAGGGUCUCAGAUGAACAGCAUAUUUUAGAAUUAGAUAAUUCUCAAAGAAAGACUGCAAUUCAUUUCCUACUUAGAAAAAUAUCACUGACCAGAUUCUAUAUCUAGUCACAGCCCAGAACCUGAUGGUAUUAAACGUGUUUUUAUUGACCACUGUAUUUCAUAGUGAGUACCUACAUUUCCUGCCUGCCUGGUGGUUGUACAGAUUUAAAAAUCUCGUCUGCCUUCAUCUUUACUUUUCAAAUCUUUUAAGAGAUUUUUAAAAAAUGUAGUCUAUUAUAAGCCAAGUGUCAUUAGGUAUGUAGUCCAUUUAUUUCCAUGUUCAGGCAGGAGUUCAAGUCUUCUAUAAAAUCGGUUUAUUUUUUCUUCUAGUAGAUCUGUACAUGGGUUCUCAGUGAAUAUCGAGAAUGUAGCCAGGGCACAGCUGUACACAGUCUGUUGUACACUUGGCGGCGGUGGGUGUUUCUGAAGUCAUCCUUUGCUUGCUGUACUUGACUCAAAUAUCCACAGUUUGGAACUAAGUACGUAACAGAAAUGUCCGUCCUGCCUUCUCAUUUAUACAUCAAUAGCUAAUAAAGUCUCUUUCUCUUAAGAAGCCCUUAUGUGGCUUUGACUUAUUAGGAUGAUAAGGGCAUAGAAUCUUAUAAAUAAGAUUUUGAAAAAUAAAAAUGUAAUAUUUUUCCAUGUAGUAAAAUUGUCUUCUCAUGACUUAAAAUACAGGUCUUGAAAAUACAGGUGUUGGUCUUGGUUAUUACCUGGACGAUUUACUCUGGAGUUGACCUAUUUCAUUCAUCUUUUUUUCCAAUUUGUUUGGAUUUGAUUCCAUUUUUUCCUUCUACCUACUUUCAAAGCAAUAUUUAUGGGGCAGCAUCACCAAGAGCCCCUAUAACAGUGUAUAUACUGGAAAUUACAGCUAUUUUUGUUCCAUUGAAUAUACGUAUAAAUGGUAACAUGCCUUGCUAGAAAGAAACUCAGGUUGUGUAAACUCCUCAGUCCCUGCCCUACCAAGGAAUCUCCAGUUUAAAUACUAUGCACUUAUUGGCUGUAUUCGGUGCCUGAUUCUAACACACAUUUUGCUUUUCAUCCAGAUUCAGGAAUUUAAGUUUUUUCUCUCUUCUUUGGGUAGUGUUCUUAAAGUAAAAACUUCUAGGAAAAUGGUAUGAGUUUGGUUCUCUUAUCUUUCCCUCAGCAGCAGGAAUUUUCUGAAUAUUUGGGACAUUCAGAUUGCUCCGGUAACAGCAUUGAGCAGUUCUUCACAAGUGCUUCCUCUCAGCACUCUUCUGGGACACCGUUCUCUUCCCUGGCUGCUGUAUUCUAGAAAGGCUCAUUGUCCUGUGGGGAGUACUUUUCUUCACUGUCAUUUGAACCUUAUCUCCUCUUGUAUGCUAUUUACCUCAGCACAGAGCCAUUACCAAGUGUAAGCAGUGACUGGUCUGAGAGGCUGACAUUUUAUGAGUAACAUUCUAACAAUGAAAACAUUUGAAAGAGCCCUAACCAUUUCUGAGCAAUCUCUUGAGAGAAAGAAAAGUUAAACCUUUUGAACUGCUUACAUUUUGUUUAAUUUAGAGUAGAAUAUGGGGAUUAUACAAUUUAAUGAGGAUAUUACUUAGAGUCUGAUACUGUCUGGUUUUACCUUAUAUAGUAUGUUUUGAGGAGCUACAAGGAGAAUUGCAUGGGAAUUUUUUUUUUCUUUCUAGACACCAUUUUUUAAGAAGCAUCAAAUUAUUGUUGCUCUAAUUUGGCAUAUAUUUUUCAGAUACAUGAUGCUGUUGAUAUUUCAAAUUACUACUAUUUAAAAAACUCUACUUUGAGUUUAGUGAAUUCAGGAUGUGAAAUUUACCUAGGUGGUAAAUCAUCUUUAAGGCAGUGCUGUGCUUACCACGGAAAAGUCUGUGAUGAACCUUGAUUCAUUUCAGUAGAAUCAUAGUGUGCAUACCUGGUGGCAAAAACUACUUUUGGUGCAGUUUGACUUUGUAUCACCUCAGGCAUGGGGCUAACUUGGGAAGAGCAUGCCCUGUACUGUACCUAGCCUGUGCACCACACCAGCAUGGAGCAGUCUGCGAGGGCCACCUUCUGCAAAGGAAGUACCCAGUUACUGGGUUCAGCUCUUUACAUUUGAUUUGUUUGGACCCAUUUUACUAUUUUGCCUUAUUAAAUAAAAAUAGCAAAAAUUGAUUCAAGUCAAUAUAUUAGCAUUUUCUAAAAUGAAGCCCAUUUGUCUUUUUAGUCUUGCAAAUAAAAGUCUUUUUUUUUUUUUUUUUUAAAUAGAGACAAGAUCUUGCUCUGUUGCCCAGCCUUGAGUACACAGUGAUGUGAUCAUAGCUCCUGGCCGCUUUGAACUCCUCAGCUUAAGCUAUUAUAGGCAUGAGCCCCUGCACCUGGCCUAAAAUAGUCUUUUAAAACAGCUAACCAAUGAUUUAAUCUUAUUCUCCUCCCCCCCCCCAGCCAAAUUAUAUUUACAUAAAGGAACAAUGAGUGAAUUUUUUAAAACACUGAUUUUUAGUAGAUAUAAAUGAUAGUUCGUCCUUAGUAAAUAGGUCUUUAACAGACUACAGGGGACAACAGUAUGUUGAACAGCUACAAUUCUGCCAACUGGUUUAACUACAUAAUCUAACCCGCAUAACGCUUAUUCUAGGUGUAGAUAGCAUUAGCCCUAUUUUCACAUAA